AAUUUUAAUUGGUCAACAAGGCUCGUCAGUUGGUGUAUCACUUUCCCUCACGCGCUGGUAUAGUAGGAGGAGUUGAGAGGAGGAAGAUGGCGGAGGACAAGCGAGAGUCAACAUCGGCGACAUCACCGCUUCACCCGAACGACGCCGUUGAGGAUCCCGAGGAUCCUGCCAAGCCUCAUUCUCCCAAGUCUCCUAACGGUUCCUCCACUCGCAAGGCUUGCUAUGCAGUUUUCCAGAGCUGGGUCUCAAAGAAGUUCAUGACUGGAUGUGUCGUUCUCUUCCCUGUAGCUGUUACAUUUUACAUCACCUGGUGGUUUAUUCAGUUUGUUGAUGGUUUCUUCAGUCCAAUAUAUGAGAGGCUUGGCAUUGACAUAUUUGGCAUUGGGUUCAUCACCUCAGUGAUCUUCAUAUUCUUUGUUGGUGUAUUUGCCUCAUCAUGGUUUGGUGCCACUGUUUUUUGGAUUGGAGAAUGGUUUAUAAAGAAGAUGCCAUUUGUAAGACACUUAUAUUCUGCAUCUAAGCAAAUUAGUUCUGCAAUUUCUCCAGACAAAAAUACUACUGCUUUCAAGGAGGUAGCAAUCCUUCGUCAUCCUCGUGUUGGUGAAUAUGUGUUUGGCUUUAUCACAUCAUCUGUAAUACUUCAGAGGGAUAGCGGGGAUGAAGAAUUAUGUAGUGUUUAUGUGCCAACAAAUCAUUUGUACAUAGGGGACAUAUAUCUGCUCAACUCUAAAGAGAUCAUAAGGCCAAAUUUGUCUGUCAGAGAAGGCAUAGAGAUCAUUGUUUCAGUCGGAAUGUCAAUGCCUCAGGUGAUCUCUUCCAUAGAGAGGAUCCCUCACCUGAACGACAGGAUACCUAUCAGCCGGAUGAUGUAGAAGGUUUAUUGUCCUUGAUGCGUGUAAUACUUUACUGUUCCCUAUCAGGUUUAGGACAUGGUUGGUUGCUUUUGUGAUUAACUCUAGUCCUCCGAGUCUGAUUAGAUGAGUAAUGGGGGACAUGAGGGAAUUCUUUACAUCCUGGCAUCAUAAAGUUUAGCAAUUUCAUAGUUGAAGAAUGUGCUCUAUCUUGGCCUCUGCCAUGGCAUGCUGGGGUGGUUAUAUUAGGACAAUACACAAUAGUGCGUAUAGAUGUAUUCUUUCGACAUGUAAAUACUCCGAGAAGAGCAUGGAGUUGUCAUAUUUGUCA